GGGGACGACACAGGAUGAGAAGGUUAGGUGGCAUCACCAACUGAAUGGACAUUAGUUUGAGUAAACCUAGGAGUUAGUGAUGGACAGGGAGGCCUGGCAUGCUGCAGUCCAUGGGGUCGCCAAAAAUCGCACACGACUGAGAGUGAACUGAACUUGGAAAUAUUAGUACAGAAUGUCCUGUGAUAAUGGGGAAUAAGGUGUAGUGGGAAUAAUGAGACUCCCAAGUUGUAUUUGGAGGAAGAACUUGCAACAUACUCCAGUAUUGAAACUUCCAUGGAGGGAGGACCCUGGCGGGCUACAUCACAAAUAGCAUGGGGUCACGACUGAGCACUGGCACACAAGUUGGAUUGAUGGCCCUGAAUUCCGUUUAGUUGAGGGGGUCUACCUCGCAUUAUGAAAGUGUUAGUUGCUCAGUCGUGACCGACUCUUGGCUCCUCUGUCCUUGGGGUUUUCCAGGCAAGAAUACUGGAAUGGGUUGCCAUUCCCUUCUCCAGGGGAUCUGGACCCAGGGAUUGAACCCAGGUCUCCUGCAUUGCAGGCCAUUCUUUAGCAUUUGAGCCAGAGAAGAGAUUAAGCUUGACUUCGCAUUAAGCUUGACCAAAUUCUGCAGCAGUUGACGGGACCGGGACACCUGAGAGUACAUUCUCCAGUUCUGUCUUUAAAUCAUUUUAACAAAGGAAGCAUUUAAUCACCUGUGUGCUCGGUCGCUCAGUCCUGCCCAACUUUUUGCGACUCCAUGGACUGUGGUCUACCGGGGAUAAAUGUGGGUGGGCGUGGUAAACGGGCUCUGCGCCUGCGCACUGCGACUCUGCGCGCCGCGCUUUCGUAUUUUCCCCGCGUCGCUUUGUCCCACAGCGGAGUUGCUCUGAAAGAUGCUGCGGCCUGACAUAUCACCAACGUUUUCUUCUGUCCCUGCGGCUUCCCCCUGCUCACUAGAGUCUCGGUCCCAGGGUCCGCGCUACAAUUUCGGACUCCAGGAGACUCCUCUGAGCCGCCCUUCUGCCCAAGCCGUCUCUGCGUCUUCCCCACCAGGCACGUCUGGAGCGGCGGGUGACAGGAGCGGCAGCAGCAGUCUACCUGAGCACCCGCCCAGCGCCCUGCCGCCUCAAGGUUCAUACUUUAGAAACAAAAGAUCUUUUGCAGAAAACACACAUGCAUCAAAUGUUACGCUUGGUACAAGCUCAUCCUCUGCACGAGAUAGUAAUUAUCCUCAAAUACUAAAAUCUCCAUUAUGUGCUGGAAAUCCCCAGAGAUCAGGUUAUAAAAGUUGGACACCGCAAAUGGGAUAUUCAGCUACAUCCUCAUCUGCAGUUUCUGCACACUCUCCUUCAGUUAUUGUAGCUGUUGUAGAAGGGAGAGGACUUGCCAGAGGUGAAAUAGGAAUGGCAAGUAUUGAUUUAAAAAGCCCACAAAUUGUAUUAUCGCAGUUUGCGGACAAUACAACAUAUGCAAAGGUGAUCACUAAACUUAAAAUUUUAUCACCUUUGGAAAUAAUAAUGUCAAAUACUGCUUGUGUUGUGGGAAAUUCAACCAAGUUGUUUACUCUUAUCACAGAAAAUUUCAAGAAUGUUAAUUUCACUACUAUCCAAAGGAAAUACUUCAAUGAAACAAAAGGACUAGAAUACAUUGAACAGUUAUGCAUAGCAGAAUUCAACACUGUCCUAAUGGAGGUUCAGUCCAAAUAUUACUGCCUUGCGGCUGUUGCAGCUUUAUUAAAAUAUGUUGAAUUUAUUCAAAAUUCAGUUUACGCACCAAAAUCGCUAAAGAUUCGUUUCCAGGGUAGUGAACAGACAGCCAUGAUAGAUUCAUCAUCAGCCCAAAACCUUGAAUUACUAAUUAAUAAUCAAGACUCUAGGAAUAAUCACACGCUCUUUGGUGUUCUAAAUUAUACUAAGACUCCUGGAGGAAGUAGAAGACUUCGUUCUAAUAUAUUAGAACCUCUAGUUGAUGUUGAAACCAUUAACAUGAGAUUAGAUUGUGUUCAGGAACUGCUUCAAGAUGAGGAACUUUUUUUUGGACUUCAGUCAGUUAUAGCAAGAUUUCUUGAUACAGAGCAACUUCUUUCUGUUUUAGUUCAAAUUCCAAAGCAAGAUACGGUUAAUGCAGCUGAAUCAAAGAUAACAAAUUUAAUAUACCUAAAACAUACCUUGGAACUCGUGGAUCCUUUAAAGAUUACUCUGAAGAACUGUAACACACCUUUAUUAAGAGCUUAUUAUGGUUCCUUGGAAGAUAAGAGGUUUGGGAUCAUACUUGACAAGAUUAAAACAGUAAUUAAUGAUGAUGCAAGAUACAUGAAGGGAUGCCUGAACAUGAGGACUCAGAAGUGCUAUGCAGUGAGGUCUAACAUAAAUGAAUUUCUUGACAUAGCCAGAAGAACAUAUACAGAGAUUGUAGAUGACAUAGCAGGAAUGAUAACACAGCUUGCCGAAAAAUAUAGUCUUCCUUUAAGGACAAGUUUUAGCUCUGCUCGAGGAUUUUUCAUUCAGAUGACUGCAGAUUGUACAGUCCUACCCAGUGAUCAACUUCCUUCAGAGUUUAUUAAGAUUUCUAAAGUGAAAAAUUCUUAUAGCUUUACAUCAGCAGAUUUAAUUAAAAUGAAUGAAAGAUGCCAAGAGUCUUUGAGAGAAAUCUAUCACAUGACUUAUAUGAUAGUGUGCAAACUGCUUAGUGAGAUUUAUGAGCAUAUUCAUUGCUUGUAUAAACUGUCUGACACUGUGUCAAUGCUGGAUAUGCUACUGUCAUUUGCUCAUGCCUGUACUCUUUCUGACUAUGUUCGGCCAGAGUUUACUGAUACUUUAGCAAUCAAGCAGGGGUGGCAUCCCAUUCUUGAAAGAAUAUCUGUGGAAAAACCUGUUGCUAACAAUACCUACAUUACAGAAGGGAGUAAUUUUUUUAUCAUAACUGGACCAAAUAUGAGUGGCAAAUCCACAUAUUUGAAACAGAUUGCUCUUUGUCAGAUUAUGGCCCAAAUUGGAUCAUAUGUUCCAGCAGAAUAUUCUUCCUUUAGAAUUGCUGAACAAAUUUUUACAAGAAUAAGUACUGAUGAUGAUAUUGAAACAAAUUCAUCAACAUUUAUGAAGGAAAUGAAAGAGAUAGCAUAUAUUCUACAUAAUGCUAAUGACAAGUCACUCAUAUUAAUUGAUGAACUUGGCAGAGGUACUAAUACAGAAGAAGGUAUUGGCAUUUGUUAUGCUGUUUGUGAACAUCUGCUGAGCUUAAAGGCAUUUACACUGUUUGCUACACAUUUCCUGGAACUGUGCCAGAUAGAUGUUCUGUAUCCUAAUGUAGAAAACGUGCAUUUUGAAGUUCAACAUGUAAAGAACACUUCAAGAAAUAAAGAAGCAAUCUUGUAUACCUACAAACUUUCUAAGGGACUCACAGAAGAAAAAAAUUAUGGAUUAAAAGCUGCAGAGGUGUCAUCACUUCCACCAUCAAUUGUCUUGGAUGCCAAAGACAUCACAACUCAAAUUACCAGACAGAUUUUGCAAAACCAAAGGAGUACUCCUGAGAUGGAAAGACAGAGAGCUGUGUACCAUCUAGCUACUAGACUUGUUCAAACUGCUCGAAACUCUCAAUUGGAUCCAGACAGUUUACGAACGUAUUUAAGUAAUCUCAAAAAGAAGUAUGAAGUAGAUUUUCCCAGGACUGAACAAGAUUCAGAAAAGACUGAAGAAUAGUAACAAUUCACAUCUUAUACUAAUGAAAUAAUGUCUUAAUAUGAGAAACCUAGAAUUCAUUUUUCCUGUGAACAAAAGAAAAUAUUUGCUAAAUUUUAUAUUUUAAUUGAAAAUUACAUUGUAUUAACAUCAGCAUUAUCGUCCAUAUAUUCUGUAUAAGAAAAUGUUUGUUAUAUAACUUAAGAAAGAAAUGGGAACUAUUUAAAGAACUGAUUUUUAUGUUAGAAAAAAUCUAAUGUGACACUUUUCUCAUUUAUGAAACUUCAUGUUAUAAGUUAUGGUUUCACAUGUUAUCAUAUAUAGUUUAGCUAAAAGAAAUCUUUCUUUGUGGGCCUGGAAACUUAGGUGAGGUUUUCUUUUAUACUCUUAUUUGGAACCAAUAUUUCUUUUACAUUCUUAUUAUGAUUCAAUAAUUUCUUAAUUAAUGCCAUCAAAUUCCAACACUGGAUACAUCUGAAGUUUGUUAGAAUAGCAUUGAGAGUUUCAGAGUAUUCAUUUUGGCAUUCAGUAUAAUUCUAAAGGUUGAAAUUCAGCAAAUGGUAUUUCGUAAUGCAGAGAGUGUUUCUGGAAGGAGUAGUUACCUAAUAGCCAGGUGUUCUGUUUCCUACUCACCAACCCCUUCCCUUUUCCAAAUUUUCAUUUUUGACCAUCUUUUUUAAGUAACCAAUGCAGCAGAGAGAUAAUAUUGAUAUGUUUGCCUUAAUUGUUGAUUCACAAGGAAACAUUAUGUAGAAUUAUUUUUGCACAGGCAUGUGGCUCACAACACCUUUUAGAGUUUACCCAAAGUUUAUUCUAUAAAUGGACAGAAGAAAAUGGAAAACUGUCAGUUAUUCAAUAACUGCAAAGAGCUUCUCAAACACCUUAUUUCUACAGUUCCAUCUCAGUAAAAGACUUAGUCACAUAAUCUCAACCCAAAGGCCUAACAUGGGGAAAUUAUUAAAUAAUUUUAAAGUAUUUUUGUUAAUAUAUGCAUAUUUUAUUUUACAAAAUGUAAUAAUUUUGACCUUAUUAAAUUCUCAGUAUUCUAAGUACAUAUUCGUAGCCAGGUAUACUGAAAAGUUAUAAUCUGAAUGACACAUAUUCUUUUUUUUUUUAAUUACUGUAAAUUAGUGUUAGUACUUACAUUGCUGCUGCUGCUGCUAAGUCACUUCAGUCAUGUCCGACUCUGUGCGACCCCAUAGACUUACAUUAGAUAUAUGUUAAAUGUCCUAUUAGACUACUUAUAUUUCCUAUUAUCAUGUUUUAUAAAUAGAGCUCUGCAGUAUUUGAAUUUUAUUAUUAACCACAUUUUAAUUCACAGCCUUUGAGAUGAAUUGUAUUUUGUGUGGUCAUUCCUAAAAGCAGGUAGAUAAUUUAGACUUAUGGCAAGUUUCUAGGAGGCAUUGAGGAGCUAAAGGGCAUCAUACACUGUUUAGGAGGGCAGGGAAGAAAAGGAGGAAGCAAUAAAAGUCAGAAGGGGAGCAGGGCUGUGGAAGAAAAGCAGGCAGCAGAGACAAGUGCAAACUACUAAAUAUGCUAGAUAUCAUUUCCUCAGAUGUAUUAGCUUCCCUUUACAUUUAAUGCCAAAUUAAAUUCCACUAGACUUUUAAGAAAUUGUUCAUCAUUUAGAGCUUUUGAUGUGAAAACUUUGGCCAGCUGAUUAAUCCCUUUUAUUUUAGAUUUGAAGUACUGAAAUAAAAAUGGAUUUAUAUCUUCUUAAAAUUAAAUUGCUUUUUCUUCAAUCAUUUUGUGUGUAGCAGAAGCACAUAAAAAAGCAAGUCAGAUGAAUAUAGAAUUAUUAAGUCAUGGUGCUAUAGGACAGAGGUGAAAGGUAGGGAGAUGAUCCAUUCUUUAAUUUUCAGGUCUAUUUGGUCUCCUCUUUAGUACCUCUUCACCUUUGUCUUUCUCUAAAAUUAUAGAUCAUUAUCUCAUAAUCCAGUCUUUUAAGAUAAAUAUUCAUAAUGUUGUAGCAAACUCCUUGAUAAUCUACCUCAAAGCCAUUUUUUUAGUCUGCUUCACCUUUCUCCUCACAUAAAUUAAUCUUUCUCAAGUCUAGGGCUAAGGUACAUGGGAGUAGAGGAAAAAGGCAGCUAACCCUCAUGCCUGGGAAGUAAUAUGUAUAUUUUUAAAUUUACAUCCAGUAAAAUUAAAUUUUCAUUUAAGUCUAUAAUUUAAUGAAUUUUGGCACAUUUAUGGAUUUGUGGAACCACUACCACUACCACAGUCGAGAUGCAGAACAGUUCAGUCACUACCAGAUGAUUCCCUCAGUACUGGCCUUUUGUGGCCAAAUUCUUCCCUGACCUCUGUCUUCACUGGGAAUAGUUCAGGAUUUCUUCCCUAUAAUUUUGUUUUUACCAAUUAGAUAGCAUGUGACCUUUAGAGACUGGCUUCUUUUACUGAGCAUCAUGUACUUUAGAAUUUAUCCAUUGCUAGCUGGUAUUCCAUUGUUUGUAUUGAAUAUGUACCAUGGUUUAUUCACUCACUGAAGGACAUUUAGGCAUUUUGUUUUUGACGAUUACAAAUAAAGCUGUUAUGAACAUCUGGAUACAGA